CGAUUCGCAGCUCGCCAGCCAGCCAGCCAAACUCGUGAAGAAGAAGAAGAUAAAGCAAUCAGACUCGCAGCCGAUUUUCUUUUCUUCUUUUCUUUUCCCCAGUCCCACCGCUUUCUUCUUCUUCUUCUCCUCUGACCCUCUUCCGCGGCGCUCGCUCGCCGAGGGAGACGAAACCUAGGCGGCUUUCCGUUUCGGGAAGGGCUUCUUCCCCUUCCUCCCCCGCUGCUGCUGCGGCGGCGGCGGCGGAGGAGAGCACCACCCCUCGCGGCGUCGGUGUCGGCGGCUCCUUUUGCUAAUCGCUUGCCUGAUUCGUUCGUGGUCCCUCUCCGGUGGGGGGCUGUGGUGGUGCUGAGGCGGCGGAGCGGAGGCCCGGAGCGAGAUUGUUUGUGCCCGCUCUCCCCCAACCCCGACUCCGGCGACCACUGAAUCAGGAGGGGGAGGAGGAGGAUGUUGGUUAGAUUUGGCGUGAUCUUAUCCCGAGGGGGGCGCGCGGUUCUGGCGGGGUAGGUUUUGGGCGGCAGGCGAUGGAAGGGACGACGGCGGCGGUGGUUGGCGGCGACGGCGCGGCGGGGGAUGCGCAGAUUAAGGGCGGUAAGGAGAAUGGGCAGCAGGCGCUGCAGCUGCAGCGGCCGCUGCAGCCGUCGGGGGGCAGCGAGGCGCUCGAGAUGCCCCCCACGCCGCUGCCGAUCGCGCGGGACCUUGACUGGUCCGAGCAUUUCUCCUUCUUCAACUCGGCGGGCGGGUUCACUGACGGCGCGAGGGGGUUGGCGAGCACGGGCCUGUCGAAUUCCGUGUCGAGGCCGGACAGCGUGACCCAGUGCUGCUUGGAAGGCACGGACGAGAGGGUGGAGGAGCUCACGGUGGGGAAUUGCAUCAGCUCUGAUGCUCAGCCUCACGCCUCUGCUGGUGGAAGCUCGAGCGGCGGGGAGAGGCCUGCUGUUGUGAGGGGCCUGUGGGGCAAUUUCACGCGGAUGGCAUGGAGGUCUAGUGAUGUGGCCAGCAGGGAAAACUUAGCAGCGGGUCGUGGCGACAUUGCGAACUUGAGGACUGGUGAUGUGGCUAGCAGGGAAACUUUGGCAGUGAACCUUGGCAACAAUAUGAUCUCUCAGAACAACUUGAGGACUGGCAAUGUGGCUAGCAGGGAAAAUUUGGCGGCGAACCUUGCCAACAGUAUAAUCGCUCAGAACAACUUGAGGACUGCCGAUAUGGUUAGCAGGGAAAAUUUGGCUGCGAACCUUGGCAACAGUAUGAUCUCUCAGAGCAUUGAUGCUUCGGGCAAGGAAAUGCCAUUCAGUCGUGGUGACAAUGCUAAUAGCGAGUUCAAUAUGUCAUUUGGUAAUCAGCAGCAGCCUAUUCCGUCUUCACGGCUGAAUCAAACCGAGCAACGAUUUGAAAGAGAGAAUGGUCUGAAAGUGAGUAGUUUCUCAAAUAGAAUUAUUGAUCAGAUGAGGAAUAAAACUGCCACACCUUCAUCUGGGGUUCAGGGGUUUCCAUUUAAGACUGCGUCGAAGGGUAAAGGGGUUACCUACCAAAGUGCACGUGAGGAGAUACAAGCACAAGCUAAUGUAAGACCUAGAGUCCCUAUGGAUAGGAUUUCUAAGAUUCCUAGCUCAACACACAAUUCUAUGGCCAGAUUGGAUGGUGCAUUUUUCAACGGUGGUGGAAAUGCUUCUGAAUCUCAAAAUGAGGGAACAAGCCUGAGGGAACUAAUUAGGCCCACAGGCCAAGUGACGAGCAAGUUUGAGAAAAUGCAGUUGUUCAAGCAGAUCCUUGAUCAUGUAGACAAAUCUCAUGCACGGGGUUUAACUUUGCAACAUGUACGCCCUUCAUAUUUUAUAGUCUCACCUCCAAACCAAGUAAAAUAUACCGGCUCUUAUGCUACACAAGAUUUAUCAGCCCCAGCCAAACCGGAUAUUGCCACAGAUGACAUGUUCAAUAGGAAACGACGCUUCGAUCAGAAAAAUGCGCACCAAGAGUUUAAUGGCAAUGGAAAUCCAAAUUCAAUCCUAAAGUAUCAAAAGGUCGGUGAUCAAGGUUCUGUUGCCGUCAGGCGACCGACACAUACCUUUCGGACUGACCACAGAGGGGGCAACCAAAGUGAAGAUGUUGAUCCUGGUGCUUCCGGACAGGGAAAUUCUAGUUGCACCGUCAGAGGACGUUUUAACUUCGGCGAACCUUACUAUGGCAAUGGCAAUAAUGCAUCUUAUGCCCAACGUUUAUCCAAUUACGGCAACCAAGAAUCGGUACUUGAUUUGAGGUUGCUAGAAGAUAGCUGGUAUAGAAGCCCAGAAGAGCUCAGUCAACUGAAAGGCACAUUCCCAUCAAACAUCUACAGCCUUGGGGUUAUUCUAUUUGAGCUCUUUUGCUGUUGUGAAACAUGGGAGCUGCAUUGUGCUGCAAUGUCAGAUCUUCGCCAUCGGAUCCUGCCUCCAAAUUUUCUUUCAGAAAGUCCUAGGGAGGCUGGGUUCUGUCUUUGGCUACUGCAUCCAGAUCCUCGUUCUCGACCAAAGGCAAGAGACAUUCUAGGAUGUGACUUGAUAAAUGAGGGUCGGGAUUUGUCGUUGUUAGAUAAUAAGGUACCAGCUGCUGUCAAUGAGGAGGACACAGAAUCUGGUUUAUUACUGAAUUUCUUGUCUCAACUGAAAGAAGAAAAAGAAAUGCAGGCUAGCAAGUUAUCAGCAGAUCUUGCAGGCUUACAAACAGAUAUUGCAGAGGUUGAGAGAAGACAUUCGCUGAGGAAUGGGUUCAGUUUAGAGGACAUGGGAGUACUGGCAAGUUCUAAUGAUUUGCCAGGCACUUCUUCAGAUGCCCUGAGAGGGGGAUCGUUGUCAGGUUUGCUACCACCAAUAUGCAGGUCAAGCAUAUAUGAGCAGAGGGUGAUGAGGAAUUUGGAGCAACUUGAAAAUGCAUAUUACUCUAUGAGGUCCACCAUUGACACGUCUGAGACUAAUGUAAUUAAACGUUCGGAUAAUGAUGCUUUGAGGGUGCGUGACAACUUUUACCAACUUCAUGGUGAUACUGAUGCCAUGAAUGAGCAAACAGACCGCCUUGGAUGCUUUUUUGAUGGUUUGUGCAAAUAUGCCCGGCAUAGUAGGUUUGAAGUACGAGGAAUUUUAAAGAAUGCAGAUAUACUUAACUCACCAAAUGUGAUCUGUUCCUUGAGUUUUGACCGUGAUGAAGAAUAUUUUGCUGCUGCUGGGGUUUCAAAGAAAAUUAAAAUAUUCGAAUUUGAUGCUCUUUUAAAUGAUCGUGUUGAUAUUCAUUAUCCUUUAAUAGAGAUGCCUAGCAAGUCCAAGCUUAGUUGUGUCUGUUGGAACAGCUAUAUAAAGAACUACUUGGCAUCAACAGACUAUGACGGCACUGUUCAGCUAUGGGAUGCAAGCACUGGUCAAGGAUUCACGCAGUUUACAGAGCACAGGAAACGAGCUUGGUCUGUGAGUUUCUCAGAGGUGGAUCCAACUAAAUUGGCAAGCGGGAGCGAUGAUUGUUGCGUUAAAGUUUGGAGUAUUAACCAGAAAAAUUGUGUUGACACAAUCAGAAAUGUCGCCAACGUAUGCUGUGUACAGUUCUCCCCAUACUCCUCCCGUAUGUUAGCUUUUGGCUCAGCUGAUUACAAGACAUACUGUUAUGAUCUGAGGCAUACGAGAAUCCCAUGGUGUACCAUUUCCGGACAUGGGAAAGCUGUCAGCUAUGUAAGAUUCUUGGAUCCAGAAACACUUAUCUCUGCAUCAACUGACAAUACCUUGAAGAUAUGGGAUCUCAACCGGACUAAUUCCAGUGGAUUAUCUAGUAGUGCCUGCAGUCUGACAUUGAGUGGCCAUACCAAUGAGAAGAAUUUUGUAGGCUUAUCUGUUCAUGAUGGAUACAUAACAUGUGGUUCUGAAAACAAUGAAGUAUAUUCUUACUACAAAACCUUUCCCAUGCCAAUAACUUCUCAUAAGUUUGGUUCUAUUGACCCGAUAACCGGUCAAGAGACGAACGAUGAUAAUCAGCAAUUUGUAUCCAGUGUUUGCUGGAGAGGGAGGUCAAAUAUGGUGGUAGCUGCGAACUCUAGUGGCAGCAUUAAAGUGCUUGAGCUAGUCUAAACAAGCUGCUGAGAAUUUUACAGAAUGAGAAAGUCUGAUCAUACAGUUUCCUUGCUGUUUUUAACUCUUAAGCCUCUUAGAUGGCUGUAUAUCGUCUCGAGCAUUCUGCCUUCUGAAUGGACAACUAAGCGUCAACAUAUAUCAAGGCCUAGGUUCCGUUCAGCCAUCGCGGCGGUCGAAACAUGCAGCUGUCCAAUUCAAGCGACCUAAGAGACCUACUUUGAUGUUUGCUCGAAACUCCGAAGCGAAUUGUUCAAAGGGUAUGAAAUAUCCUAGCUAGCUAUUCUUGGGAGGUAAACUCUGUUUGUAACGCACUUUGACGUAGUACUAGCCAGCAUCUCAAGGAGGGUCUAGGGGGUGGGGUCUGUACAGAUUUAGGGGCCCGGAAGGGCCGAUGUAUAAUAUAUAUCUUCAAACCUGGUGUACUUUUGAGCUAAAGAGCCGCAUGAUAUGUUUGGUCAGUACAUAUCCAAUGGGAAUCAACUCGGUAUGCAAUGA